AAAAUGGCUUUUCGAAAGGCAGUGAAAGGAACUAUCCUUAUUGGAGGAGGUGCUGUGGCAACUGUGUUUGGUCUUUCACAACUUUCUCAGUAUAGAAGAAAACAUGGUCAUCUUGCAUCUAUUGAAGCUUUAGAAUGUAAGCCUGUGGAAAUGCAAAGCCACCUUCCUGCCAGGGGAAGUCAGCUCCAAGCUUUGCAGAAUACCUGUGAAUUUGACAUUCUCGUAAUAGGUGGAGGUGCCACAGGAUGCGGCUGUGCCUUGGAUGCUGUUACGAGAGGCCUAAAAACAGCCCUUGUAGAAAGAGAUGAUUUCUCAUCGGGGACCAGCAGCAGAAGCACUAAAUUGAUCCAUGGCGGAGUGAGAUAUCUUCAGAAGGCCAUCAUGAAGUUGGAUUUUGAACAGUACAGAAUGGUGAAAGAAGCACUCCAUGAACGUGCCAAUUUGCUGGAGAUUGCACCUCAUUUGUCUGCUCCUCUCCCUAUAAUGCUUCCUGUUUACAGAUGGUGGCAGUUGCCCUAUUAUUGGGUAGGAAUCAAGCUCUAUGACCUUGUAGCGGGAAGCCAGUGUCUAAAAAGCAGCUAUGUGCUUAGCAAAUCAAAGGCCUUGGAACUCUUUCCUAUGUUGAAGAAGGACAAACUUGUAGGUGCCAUUGUCUACUAUGACGGACAACACAACGAUGCACGAAUGAACCUUGCCAUUGCUCUCACUGCUGCCAGGUAUGGUGCUGCCACAGCCAAUUACACUGAAGUGGUACGCUUGCUGAAGAAGACAGAUCCAAAGAGCGGGAAGGUCCGUGUCUGUGGAGCAAGGUGCAGGGAUGUUCUCACAGGGCAGGAAUUUGAUGUCAAAGCCAAAUGUGUUAUCAAUGCUACAGGACCUUUCACAGACUCUGUGCGGAAAAUGGAUGAACAGAAAGUAGCAAAAAUCUGUCAGCCGAGCGCAGGCGUUCAUAUUGUGAUGCCUGGGUAUUACAGCCCAGAUAAUAUGGGACUUCUUGACCCGUCAACCAGCGAUGGACGAGUGAUUUUCUUCUUGCCGUGGCAAAAGAUGACCAUUGCUGGCACCACAGAUACUGCCACUGAAGUCACACAUCACCCAAUUCCUACAGAAGAAGAUAUCAACUUCAUCUUGACAGAAGUGCGCAACUAUCUUAGCUGCGAUGUUGAAGUGAGGAGGGGUGAUGUCCUGGCAGCAUGGAGUGGUAUUCGCCCUCUUGUGACAGACCCCAAUUCUAAAGACACCCAGUCCAUAUCUCGGAAUCACAUAGUCCAUGUUAGUAAAAGUGGCCUUGUGACUAUAGCAGGUGGGAAAUGGACAACCUAUCGUUCAAUGGCUCAGGAUGCCAUUGAUGCUGCUGUAGAAGCUCAUAACCUUCACGCAGAUCCAUGUAGGACAGUUGGACUCCUUCUGCAGGGUGCAAAUGACUGGAGUACUACUCUUUAUAUUCGACUGGUUCAGGACUAUGGACUUGAAAAUGAGGUGGCUCAGCAUCUUGCAGCUACAUAUGGAGACAAGGCUUUUGAAGUGGCCAAAUUAGCCCAGGUUACUGGGAAGAGGUGGCCAAUCGUUGGAAAACGGCUUGUAUCAGAGUUUCCUUACAUUGAGUCGGAGGUUGAAUACGCAAUCCAGGAAUACGCCUGCACUGCGGUGGAUAUCAUUGCUCGUCGAACACGCUUAGCCUUCCUGAACGUGCAGGCUGCUGAGGAAGCCUUACCAAGAAUCAUUGAGAUCAUGGGGAAGAAGCUCAAAUGGAACGAGCAGAAGAAAAAGGAAGAGCUUUCAGAAGCGAGGAAGUUCCUAUACUAUGAAAUGGGCUACAAGGUACGGUCCGAGCAGUUGACGGACCAUAGUGAAAUCACUCUGACACCAGCGGAUAUUGAGAGGUAUAAAAAGAGGUUCCACAUGUUCGAUAAGGAGUGCAAAGGUUUUAUUACUAUAUUGGAUGUACAGCGCGUGUUAGAGAGCACCAACGUUCAAAUUAAUGAAAGUGCACUCCAUGAGAUUUUGAAUGAAGUGGAUUUGAACAAAAACGGGCAGGUUGAACUCAAUGAGUUUUUGCAGCUCAUGAAUGCUGUUCAGAAAGGAUAUGUCUCCGGCAGCCGGCUUGCUGUGCUUAUGAAAAGGGCUGAAGAGAAUAUCCAUCAGCGUAAUGCAAUUUCAGUGGAUCGGAGUUGUGGCGGACUGUGAGUUUUGGGUGCUGCAGAAUGGUGGAUACCAUGAAGCUCCCCUCUUGUUGAUGCUGAAGAACAUUCCACCGGUUUCAGAUGUUUCUCUUCCUCUGCAUGGUUUGUCUGUCAUUGAGCAAUUAUUAAGGGGAAAAAAUGCCUUGGUAUAGUUUGCCCCCUCCCUUCUUAAGUUUCCUGUGGAUAGAUUGCUGCGCUCACGUGCCCUGCUGAAACUGGGUGUAAACUUCUGCUUUCUGGGUGGGCAAGAAUUUCUAAUACAAUAAGAAAAAAGACGUAGUGAAUUUUCAAAUGGGUGCUUAUUUUCCAGGCUAAUCCAAAUGGAUCUUCACUGCCUUAUGGCUGCAUUUCGAAGCCACAUCGGGAGAUCUAGGUGGAAACCUUGCACGAAUGUGGGUUCAUUUGCUGUGCAAAGAUUGUUUUUUCGCUAUUUGCACAAGAGCAACAACAAUCUCUAAUCUUUAUAUAGCUUCAAGCUGCUCUUGUAGUUAACUUGGCCUCUUUUCAGAAGGGAAAGAUGCUAGCAUUAGUCUAGUGUCUUAUACACAGCCCUCUUUGUUAAAUCUCUGGAUCCCCCCCCACACACACACACACAGACUCACACUUUUCUCAAAGAAGUCCAUGGCGUAAGGCAUAUCACCUAAAACUUUGGGAUUAGCAGCAUUCUUCAUUGUUACAAGGCUCUUAAGAAAAAACAUGCAUGUCAUAAGAAAGGGAAUGAUUUGUCACUGGGGAGUUAUAAUGAUGUUCAAAUCUAAGGUUUAUUGAUGAGCACCAUCCAAAAUACAGGUGAGUGCACUGCUAAGGAAUCACAGUGACAUUUAAUUGUGUUUGGGUGAGAGGACAUACUGGUCAUAAUUCAGUUAAAUUGAAACAUGGUUAAGUCUUACUGAAAUCGGUGGGAUUUAGCUGCACAUUUAGGUGAUUAUGUCCUGCUCAGCAGCUAUGAUUUACAGAUGGAUUUCCAAAAAGCACACUUAAGAGAAUGCAAGGCUUGAAACACAUAAAGAAUCCAUGCUCCACCAUGGGGAAAAAAGCUAGUAAGAAGACUGGAAGUUCAAUCCCUGUUCUUUUCCCUAUGUAACAAGCGCUGAAGUUUAGUCGUGCGUUCCUUUUUCUGAUGCCAUUUCCAUAGAGGUUGUAACAAAUGCUUCUGUACUGAUUGAUUGAGUGUUUUGUACAUCUUGCACAAACUAAGCAAAAUGGGAAAUUAUUCUAGUGUCCCACUCCGGGGUUUGGUUAAGCAAAAAAGCACUGAGCUAGAUGUUGCUGAAUAAAUACUAAGGUGGCUUGUCCUAUUUUAAUUAUUUCCUUCAAACACAGGCUCAUCUUAGGCAUCUUUCUCUUUGCUUUUAAGUUGGAUGACAUCACUAAGCUCAAGUGGAAGCUUCACUCCUGAUGUUUGGACAAUAAAAUGAUGAUUUAAAAGAAAGGUGUAAGACUUCAGGUUACUGGUGAAUCUCUUUGCCUCUACGGGCUUUUAUCCACAUUAUAAUUUUAAUUUAAGGGGGAUGUUCUUGCAAGUCUGCUGGGCUUUUAAAAGCAUGAUAGGGAAAUUUGGUGCUUGCAGGCUUAAAUCUUUCCCAUAUGGAAAUGAGAAAAUGUGGGAACCAGCUUUCAGAAGAAUUUAGAAACGGUAGGCUAAACUGUGUUUAUGCAUAUAUAAUAAAAUAUAUUAAAGGCAGGACCCAGGGUGCCUUGUUAAGUAUUCUGUCCAAAAAUAUAUUUCCCCUGUAGAAAUAGCUUGUAUGCAGUACUUAGGACAUCCACUAGAAAUAAUAUAAUGGUGAUAUUUUCCUCGUAUUCUUAGUAACCUAAGCUAGAAAUGUUAGAUUUCAGUCCACAUUGAAUAUGGAAACCAAGUCUAAGUAAAAUGAUUGACGACUGUGUUCUAAAAAGCUUCUAGCAAAUUCCCAUGUUAAGUUGGGCCUUAUAUACUUCAGACUGAUGAGAAAUACAAAGGCAAACUUGACUUGUUGUGGUCUCCUUGUAACCAUGAAGAAUUGGGUUCCCAUGGCUCUGUUGACAGUUUCUUCUCGGUAUGAUUAGCAUGUCGCAGGUUUCAUCUCCAUGAAUUAGUUUUAUCCGAGUUGAUAUUUCUUCUUCUCACAAGGAACAAUCUAACAGCCAAUUUUGCGGCAAUCAAGGACUGAAUGACCAUUAUGUUCAAAUGCCAACAAACGGGCAAUAUUUUAUAUGCACCACCACUCUGAACAAGGGGCAUUUUAGAUCCUGCCUUGUACCUCUUUAGAGAAAACAUUAGAACUGGGAUCCAGAGGUAUGUCUGUGCCUCAUCUAUGCUUUUGUCAGUUUUUUGCAAGCCAUUUCUCUUCCAUCUGACUUACCCAGGAAGACAAGGGGAGUAAUAAAUGUUAAAGCGUCUUGAGGAAGAAAUUAAUACUUUGUAUUUUUAUGGUUAAAACACCGUUUAGAACAGUUUCUCCAGACUGGUAUAUGUCAAUACACCAUUUUCAGCAUUGCCUAGUGAUGCCUAUCUCCAAGCUAGUCAAUCCAUCCUUGUUUUGUUCCUUUGCUGCCAAUUUAUUCUACCAAAAGCUUGAAUUUUUGUCAAGGUUUAUAUGCAUGCUUUCCAUUUUGUUGGUUUGGUCAUUCUGAAUUCAAGCUGAAUUUUCCCUUGCUUUCUUUUUUUUUUUUUGUGGUUAAGUGUGUGUUGCUACUUUGUACAAGCAGUGAAAGAACCUAUCCGCAUCAUUUUAUGCCUGCUUGAUUCAGCAGAAUGAGAAACGGAGAACUACUUUGAUUACAUGACAUCCCUCUUUUUACUAUUUUAGAAGAUUGUCAUUUUGAAUGUAUGGUCACUAUAACAUACUUCUGGCAUUUUACUCUUCGCUUUGUUUUAAUUAUAUGGAAUACUACUGUGUUUUUUUAAAAGAAAGAAAAUGAAUAAAGCCCAUAGCAGAUUGUAUUUUGAUGUGUAUGUGUAUAUAUGCAUGUACACUCAUAUGUACAUUGAACACUCAAAUGUUUUUACAUUUGCCACUUUUAUGUAUUGUGUUGGGUUAUUGUUCUAGACUGGACUGUUAAAUAUGGUGUUUGAGCCUGGGUUGUCAUUUUUAUAUCUGUCUUGGUGUUUUAUUGUCAUUAUUUAUUACUUUUGAUAUACAGAAUGAGCUGCAUGCAUUUAUAGAGCAAUAAGAGGAUGUAUUUAAUGUGCCUUGUUUUUAACUGAAUAAGAACUGAAAGCAUGAAUCAAUAAAACUGAUUAAAAUG